CCAUUCGUGACAGUUCUGAUAUGAACUGGCAUCGUGUUAGACAAACACACCCCUCUCUCUCCCUCCCCCUCUCCCUCUCUCUCUCUCUCGUGCUUCAUUCCACUGCUCUCCGUCACCACCAAGACCUGAGGUAGAGGAGGAAAUUUGUCUUUUUUCAGCACUAAUGAAGACUCGUUGUUAUUUUUUACCGUUACGUCUCUGCUCAGUUGGAACUUCUUCUCAUUGAUGUUUGAGCCAGGAAGUGUUUUAAUGAUUUUAUAGAGAUUAAUAUGGACGAACAGUCCGAGAAAAGGGAUUUUUGAAGAUUCUUUCUUUCUUUCUCAGGAGGCGUGUUUUCUCCAUCACCACAGGGGAAAAGUCAACAGGCAUGAACAUACACUGACUGCUUUGAAAUCCUGCUUCACCGGCCUGACUACUGGAUCAUUCUCAUUUCAACAUCACUGGUUUAUUCAGAUUGAGAUGGCUCACAACAUCCGACACAAGCUGACCAACAAGCUGACCAAUGCUGCCCACACCGUGUCCAACAAAUCCCAGGCCAAGGUCAGCGGGGUUAUGGCCCGGCUGGGCUUCCAGGCCGCCACGGACGAUGAGGGCUUGGGUUUUGCCGACUUUGACGACCUGGACUACGACUACAGACAGGGGAUGCAGAUGGAUGUCCUUCAGAGGGAGGAGGAAGGACGCGUGGAUGGAGAGGACGAGCUGGAGGGGGACAGCUACUACCAGAGGGACGGGACCGGGCCCCGGCCUUCAACACUGAAGACAGGAGGCUCUCUGGACCAGGACAAACCAAAGAUCACAUCCUGGGAGGCUGGAUGGAACGUCACCAACGCCAUUCAGGGUAUGUUUGUCCUCGGCCUGCCCUACGCCAUCCUCCACGGCGGAUACCUCGGCCUCUUCCUCAUCAUCUUCGCCGCCGUGGUCUGCUGCUACACGGGCAAAAUCCUAAUUGCCUGUCUGUAUGAGGACGACGAGGACGGCGUCAAAGUGCGCGUCAGGGACACGUACGUGGACAUCGCCAACGCCUGCUGCGCCCCCCGGUUCCCCGCUCUGGGCGGACACGUGGUGAACGUGGCCCAGAUCAUUGAGCUGGUCAUGACCUGCAUCCUCUACGUAGUGGUCAGCGGAAACCUGAUGUACAACAGCUUCCCAGGAUUCGCUUUCUCCCAGAAAGCCUGGUCGGUUGUGGCCACAGCCGCGCUCCUGCCCUGCGCCUUCCUGAAGAGUCUGAAGGCCGUGUCAAGGUUCAGCCUUUUGUGCACUCUGGCCCACUUCGUCAUCAACGUGGUGGUGAUCGCCUACUGCCUGUCCAGGGCUCGGGAGUGGGCCUGGGAGAAGGUGAAGUUUUACAUCGACGUGAAGAAGUUCCCCAUCUCCAUUGGUAUCAUUGUCUUCAGCUACACCUCUCAGAUCUUCCUGCCUUCACUGGAGGGAAACAUGCAGAAGCCCAGUGAGUUCCACUGCAUGAUGGACUGGACUCACAUUUCUGCCUGCGUUCUCAAGGGUCUCUUUGCCCUGGUAGCCUACUUGACAUGGGCAGAUGCCACCAAAGAGGUGAUCACAGAUAACCUGCCCUACACCAUCAGAGCUGUGGUGAACAUCUUCUUGGUCGCCAAAGCCCUCCUGUCCUACCCACUGCCUUUUUUUGCUGCAGUGGAGGUUCUGGAAAAGUCUUUGUUCCAGGAUGGAGGGCGGGGCUUCUUCGCUGACUGCUAUGGCCCUAGCGGGCAGUUGAAAUCGUGGGGCCUGGGCCUACGAGUGGCUCUUGUCGUCUUUACCUUGCUCAUGGCUGUUUUCGUCCCUCAUUUUGCCCUGCUGAUGGGUUUAACUGGGAGUCUCACUGGUGCAGGACUCUGUUUCCUUCUACCAAGCCUCUUCCACCUGAAGCUGCAGUGGAGGAAUCUGCUGUGGCACCAUGUCUUCUUUGACGUUGCCAUUUUUGUCAUUGGAGGUAUAUGUGCCAUAUCUGGCUUCAUUCACUCCAUUGAAGGUCUCAUAGAGGUAUACAGGUACGACAUCCAGGACUGAGAGCCUCAUGCUGUAGAUGACCUUUAUUAAACAGUGUUGAUGUCUGAAGGCUGUCCCUGUGCAGACCUCAUCAGUCCAGCUUGACAUAUACAGUAUGUCCAUGCGGAGGAAAACCAGUCUAAAACAUAGCCUACAUCUUUUUUUUAUUUUGCCUUGGUGGUAAUGUGCAAUAAUAACCUCUACAAUCACAGUGUAAAGUCUCCUCCAUGUUGUGUUGAUUGCCUGGAAAGACAAACACCAACAGCCUCGGCAUCAACAGGCCUGUCCAGGUGUCAUGUCUUUAUCAAAGAUCCAGUGAAAACGUCUAUGACUUGAGUGUGUAAGUGUUACUUUCUCGAAAAUGAAAAAUGUGUAUUACCUUUAAGGGGUGAAUAUGUUGGUGCUGGUUUUUGAGCUGCUUAUAAUGUAUUGAUAAUAAAAAAGAACAGAGCAUCUCACAGAUCAGAUGACGAUCUGUGUAAUAAAACAUAAAUCGUUUUGUCUUGUUGGUUCAACAAUCUCUUUUUUUUUAAGUUUGGUUUUAUGUUUUGUUCAAUUUCAUGACUGUAGCUGUGCCGGUCCUGUUUUGGCUUGUUGGUGUUUCAAGUGUGAUUCUGGUGGAAGUAAGUUCAAAGUGAAAGUAAGUGAGUUCUAAUAAUGAUGUGUGUGUGUUUCUUUUUUUUUUCUUUCCACUGAAGUUGUAAAUUGUGAUUUGUUGGAACUAUUGAUGGUGUGUGAGAUGGGUGAAAAGGUGAAUAAAUCGAAUAUUUUAUCUCUUUAUCUCUUGGCUUCAUAACAAAAAACAUAACAUGGGACACGACAAGUAAAGUCAAGACACAAUAUAUGUUGUGUAAAAAUGCAAACCAUUUUUUUUUUACAAGAGCUAGCAAAGAAUGAAAUUUAUAUCUACAACACAAUUCAUAAUGUUUGGGUCAGAGACAGGUUUCCUGCUCAGUAACAUUCCAUUACCUUUUUAUUUAACACAUUUCAGCUACAAGCAGUUGGCAGACAGGAGAAUAGAAACAGGUAAAUACAUUAAAUUAAAGUAUAUGAAAAAUAAAACCCAUCUUACAGGAUGGCUAACUAGCACACAAGUCCAACCACAAUAAAUACGUGUAUCUAAUGCUAAACAAUAGACAUUAAACAGCAAACUAUAACUUUCAUAAAGCAAUUGAAAAUGUGAAGAUAAUGAAUCAAAAACAGCUACUUAAUUAACAAUGAACACACUCGAUAAGAAGGCGAGACGAGGACGACGUACCUGGCAUGUUGAGCUGACAGCGGCAAUACUGAACGGUUCAUUUUCAGGCGGCAGCCAAUCCCUGUCUGAUCCUGCUCUCCACCAAUCACCGUCUGCUUUUUAAAUAAACCUAUUAGCAUAACCUGAUUUUCAUGAAUCUCAACACCUGCUACCGACCUCCCUCGUGGUUUUAUCAGCAGGUGACCUGAUUGACAGCCAAUGAAAAACUAUCUGCAAGCAUCUCCGUUUAUCUGUUUAGGUAGUACUCUGUCACUCACGUGUACACACACGCACAAACACACGCAUACGUGUGCACACGCAUACGUGCGCGCACACAUCACAUACAGACAAAUAUCAGCACAGCCAGGUAUUAUAAUAGACUGAGUAAAAAAAGAAAGAAAGAUAGAUAGAUAUAUAGAAAGAUAGAAAAAGAAAGAAAUAGCUCCACCUACAUUCCAGUUAAAUCCCCGGUUGUUUCACUUCUAAGUUUCACUUCUCAGAAAGUGAAGGGAAUGAAGGCAGUCUUAUAAAAACAGCAGCGUCAGAGACCAGCCCUUCGUUCACACAGACAACACACAGCAGGAGUUUCUACUGUUAUUACUGCAGUAGUUGAUGUAUGCUCCUUGACAUGUCACAGCAGCUCUGAAUAGUACUUCAGAUACUUCUUUUCUUUCAGUUUUGCCUCAUUUGCUGCAGUUCACUCAGCAACAUGCUUCAGCCCGUGAUCCUCCUGUUUGUGCUGGGGACCUGCAGUGCCGUAGAAAACCCCGGGAUUGAAAUCACUGUGAACAACAAGGGGCUUCAGUACGG